AUGGGAGCACAGAGCUCAGCGCAGCGGGACGGGAAGAGUCAGGGGGAUGCUUCAGCCUCAGCCUCAGCCUCAGCCGGGGACGUGAGCGCGGAGGUGGAGGUGGUCCAGCAGGGAGGAGGCGUCCCGGACAGCAAGCCUUUGGAGAAAAAUGGACAAAUCUCCAGCCUGACCAGCCUGGAGGACAACACCCUGGCAGAAGUUGGCCAACCAGAUGGUGUAUCUGUGGCUCAGAAGGAGGAGGCUCCUGAGACCACAGACACUAUCCAGGACGAAGCGACUCCGCAAGUAAAUGGAGAAAAAGUUGAUAAAGAGUCAUCUGAUGCUAUAGAUAUAUCCACAUCUGAAGAAAAGGUAACCGAUGAAAAGCCUGACGAUGCAAAUGAAGUUGGCUUCAAGAAGAUUUUCACCAUUGUGGGCUUGAAAUUCACGCUGAAGAAGGACAAAAGUGAGGAAAUGGAUCCAGUGAAGCUACUGACAGUCAAAGAUAAGGAUGGAGAAGAGGCCACUGAUACCGAUGAACCAGCAAAGAGCGAGGAGGCUGAGAGUGCUGGAGAGAACACCACUGAAGAAAAGGACCCUGACACAGAAGCCUCUGCCAGUGAAACAGAAGUCACUAAAGAAACAGACAAAGUUGAAACUGCUGAAGCCUCCUCUGAAAGUUCUGCCAAAGCCUCCAGUGAUGGAGUCACUGAGGAAGGAGCUGAGAAGGAAAAAGAAGCUGCUCCUAUUCCAAAGGAGACAAGUAUGUCUCCAUUCAGAAAACUCUUUUUUGUUGGACUCUUUUCAAACCUGCGAAAGAAAGCCAGCAUGAAGCGGACAAAAGAGGAGGAGGAAAAGGAGAAGGCAUUAAAGGAGGAGGAGGAAAAGGAGAAGGCAUUAAAGGAAGAGGAGGAAAAGGAGAAGGCAUUAAAGGAGGAGACAACUAAGGCAGAGGAAACUGCUACAGAAGAAGAGGAGGAAAAAGAUGUGGCAGAGAAAGAAACAAUGGAGGAUAAAGAUGUUUCAGAAAAGGAAACAGAAGACGAAGAUGUGGUAGAGAACGAAACAGAGGAGGAGAAAGAUGUCACAGAGAAGGAAACCAAAGAGGAGAAAGAUGUGACAGAGAAGGAAACCAAAGAGGAGAAAGAUGUGUCAGCGCAGGAAACAAAGGCUCUGCCCUAUGAGGAGAAAAAGGAAGACAAAACUGCAACUGAUCAAGACACCAAGGAGGCAACAUCAGUCAGUACUCAGGAGGAAAAAUCUGAGCCAAAAGAGCAGUCACCCACCACAGCAGAGGAAGCAAAAUCAGGGCUUUCCCCAGAUGUCACUGUUGACACUGCUGCUCCCACAGACAGCAAAGCUGAUGAAACCAAACAAGAGGACCAAAAGGCAGAAGCUAAGACAGAAGAAAAGGCCCCAGUGGAGGUGACCUCUGAGACUGAGCUGCUAUCUUCACAGGAGAAAACAAAGCCUCAUGGAAGCCCCCUUAAAAAGCUCUUCACUGGAGCUGGCCUAAAGAAGCUCUCUACAAAGAGACAGAAAAACAAGAGGGAUUCUGAGUCAAAGCUCACCGAUUCUGGGGAGCAUGCAGCUGAGCAACUUCAGUCCUCCACCGAGUCAGAAGAGGCUCCUAAAGCUGACAGUGGGCCCUCAUCUCCCGAAGCAUCAGGAGAACAUGUUCAGUCUGUGGAGGAAAACCAGAAUGGGUCCAACCAAGAACCCGAGGGUGAAGUUGUUUCUGAUGGUGAAAGAAAGAAGGAUGGUGUAAUUGCAUCCUUUAGGAAACUUGUAACUCCUAAGAGGCAUGCUAAAAGAUCUUCCGAUAGUGAAGAUGAGGGCACAAGUGACAAACCUGCAAAGUCUGCCACACUCUCAUCUUCGGAGAGUGCUCCCUUAGCCGAUAAGAGCGUUGAGGAAGAGGAGACUAAGGAGGAAAAGCCCUCUGAGGAAGAGCCAAAGAUUGAAAACACAGAGAAACUCACCAGCAGCACAGAGGAGACCAAGAAGAAAAUGGACACCUCUGUUUCCUGGGAGGCUCUUAUGUGUAUGGGUGGACCCAAAAAAAGGACAAGGAGGACCUCUGACUCUGAUGAUGAGGAAACAAAGGUUGAAGAGGAGGUGCCAGCAGCAGCAGCAGCCGCAGCAGCAGAAGUUGAACAAGUGGCCAAAGAUGAGACUGCCGGUGCCACUUCCCAUAAUCCUGAGAGUGAGGGAGUAGUAGAACUUGAAUCUUCACCUGAGCCUGCACCUACUCCUGCACCUGCACCUGAGCCAGUGAGUGCCCCCCCUGUGAGAGAUUCUCCCUGGAGUACACUGAAACGUUUAGUUAUGUCAAAAAAUAAGGCAAAAAUUGAGGAAAAGCCAGAGGGGUCUGCUAACCAGGUCCAGCCAGACACAGAAGCACCAAAAGAUGAAUCAGCGUUCUCUUUGAGAAAGUUUUUCCCAGGACGCAGAAAGAAGGUGGUUGAAAAACAAGCUUCUAUUGACCAGGGAGCAGAGGAGGACUCUGACACCCCGGCUGUGGUUCCUCUCUCAGAGUACGAAGACCAACCUGAAGCAGGUCAGGAAACACCAGUGGAGCAAGCCGCAGUUGAGAUCAAAGUAUCUGCUGAGGAUAGAUCCCCAUCAUGGAUCCCAGCCAUCAUCGAGGAUAAACAGGACCAGCUGAGUGAUAUCCCAGAGGAGGCGGAAAAUGCAGCCACGCCAAAGUCCGUCGACACCGAUAUUAUUGAGGAUGAAGAGCAGCCACCACCAAGACGCACAGGGCGCAGACUGUCCACCGCGGAGGUCAAGCCCAUCACCCCGACUCCACCGGCUGCCACAUGCCCUGUUCCUCAGGAGCCCACUGUUGAAACUGCCAAACAAGUUAUAGGCAGAAUUGAGGCCCAGAUAAGUGAAAUCCCACCCCAGACGUGUGCGACUCUAGAGGACGUGCAAAUACUUGCAGUGACUCAAAAUACUGAAGAUGAAAUCCAAACUGAGAAUGCAGAUAUCAUCAAAAAUAUUAUUCUGGAGCCGCAUGUAUGUGGCGAGGCCAUGGCUUUCUGUACUGGCCUGGGCACCAAGGAGAUAGCCAAAGUUGCUUCGGAGGAGCCUGUUGAGCCAGUCGUGGAGAAUAUGACUGUAGUCACUGAUAGUCUGAUCACAGAACUUGCUGUGGAGGAGAAGCCAAUGAUUCCAGAGGAGGCAAGUGUUAGUGAAGACCCCGUGCUCAAGGCUCAUGUGCACGAGAUCCAAGCCCUUGAGCUUGAGCCCUUUACCACAAAUAUUGUGUGUGAGGUUAUAGAUAUUCAGACUGCCAGUGAAAACUAUGAGCCCGAGGUGGAGAAGGUUGGAGUUGUCAGCACCGAACACUCUGAGGUUAUUCAGCCCACCACAGUGAAGGAGAACUCACCUAAAGCUGUAAUAGUCGAUCCAAUUGAACCGACUCUUGAGACAGCUGUCUCUACCCAGACUGUAGAGGUGUCUGAGGUGACUGUACAGACCAAGGAAAUGCAAGUGAGCAUAGAGCAGCAUGCUGUAACUGAGGAGGAGCCUUUGCCUGUCAGCAUAUGUAAGACUAAAAAGACAACCAGCGCAAAGAAGACUGAGAAAGCUACUCCUGCGGUUGUGCCAAGUGAGGAAGUCGCUGUUAUCACAGAAGCAGUGGUUCUUCUUGCUCCUGAUGGUGUCCAAAAGGAAACAUCACAGAGUGGGAAGAAGAAAGAUGCUUCAGUGUCAGAACCAGUUGGUGCUGAAAAAAAACAGAAAAAGAAAUCUAAGAAGGGCUCGCCCAAAGGGGUCAACAGUGUAAGUGAAAUUGAGAGUCAAAGCGUGGCCAUUGCCCAAACGGUCAUCAAAGAUGCUGUAGAUAAAGUAUCAGAAGAUGUGCCAAAAUCCAAAAAGUCUUCCAAGCAAAUAGCCCCUUUUCCAAAACCAGCCAAGGCAAAAGAAACAACGGAGAAAGAGAUUGACACUGAAAACGAUCAGCUGGUUAUCACUGACACUCCCGUUCCUGUUACCUGUGAAAAACCACAAAAAAAGGCCCCUCAGGUACUCUGUGUUGCCAUGGAGGUCAUUGACUCAGUCCCAAUCGAGGUCACAGAGACUGUGGAAGAUGAUGAGGAAGAGGAGGAUGAGGAAGAAGAAAGUGAGGGUUUGGAGAACGGAACACAAUCAGUGGCAGAGAGUGAAGGCCAGGGAGCAGAGAAAGAGAUCCAGAUCCACAUACCGGUCCAGGUGGUCCUUCGGGCCGCAGAGGUGAUAGAGGAACCACCAGUGGAGGUGGAAACCCUGGCAGGGUAUGGCAACGGCAGUGCAACCGCCGCGAGUCCUGCAAAACAAAACAAGCUCUCCGUUCUGUCAGAGGAACCUCAAGAGACAGCUGCUGGCGCCGGCAAAGACACAGACGCAGCAGCGGGCCAAUCAGAGACCGGGAAAAAAGCAUCAGCAAAUUGUGCGAAAGUGAUGGCGCAAGUGAUCGAGCAGCAUCAUGAGCCGCUGAAAACUGAUGCCUGAGGGGAUGCGCUUACCGGACCAGGAAGUGAGCGGAGAGAGAGAGAAAGAGAGAUGCUCAGUGAUAAAACACUGUUUGGGCCCCACCUAUCCCGCGAUAGACUGAGCCGCAGCUCUGCAACCCCCCCCCCACCCCCCACCCCCCUCCCACAGCUGUGUCACGUCAUGGUGACAAUCCACUGUUGUACCUUCACUCUAGCACACUCACGCAUGUCCUGUGCCUCAGAAGCAGCCCAUCUGGCUUGCCAUCACUGAUGUCUCACUGACUUUCCAUUGCCCUUGAAAGUCUGCAGUCUGGUUUAGAGUGGAUGCUUGUGUGUGUUUGUAAGAGUGUGUGUUUCAUGUAUGGGAAGGGUGAGAUGGCUGCAGGAAAGUGUAGAGUUGGAGGAUUAUUAUCUUGUAUAUUGUAUUUAUAUCUCGAGUAUUCAGUCAUUCAAAUCUAAGUCCUUAUUUCUAUUUUCUCCUUAUUUUUUGUUGUAUGGCCACUGCUGCCUGUUUCUGAAAAAUCCACAUAUUACUGUGAUGCGGCUGGUACAUUACAGUGAUAUCUGAUACUCGGUGUGAAAUCUGAUGCAGGGAAACCUCUUAAAAGUUUCUCAAAAACAAUGUGUUUGAAAGUGCUCAGUGUUUCAGCUCCAUAACUGACAAACAGGUUCAUUUUAAAGGAUUUUUUCUAAUAAAGCCAUGGUACAAGUGUGAUUCCAGAGGUAGAGGAAGCAACAAGAAGACAGAGAAUGUGUGCACCACACGUUUGUUUUUUGACACAUUCUUUUUCCACACGGUUUAGUUCUUUCCACACUCAUACAAAAUAAGUCACAAGAUUCAUGUAGAUAAGUCAAACAAUCACUGCCUGACCUACUGUGAAAAUAUAUUGCAACACAUUGUUUCAUGUGAUAAUAAAAAGCUACAGUUGAAAAUGUGAUAAAAGUAUCUGCUAAAUGCUUUUUGUUUUCACAAAAAAUAGAGACACCAGUUCUAACACUUGAUAGACCUGCAUUUUAGAAACACUUACAAAGCAUCUAACAAUGUUCACUGAAUGUUUUCCGAAUUAAAUGUGUAUCACAGACAUAAAGCAGUUCAACAUGUUCCUUAGUACUCUAUCAUUGCGUUUGCUAUUUAAAUGAAUUUUAACCCUCUGUGCAGACAAAAAGCUGGGCACUCUUUAGUCCUUUCAAGGGGUCAGUUUAAUUAAAAGUUUUAAAACGGUUAAAGUAUUAAAGGGUUGUUGUUUCAUACAGUGGGUACAGUGGUUGAUCAUUUGAAUAGGCACAAUUGGGAACUUCAUGGUACCAGAAUAAAUACAAAAGUUCAUUUUACUCCUGAUUUAAAAGCUGAAUUGAGUUAGGAUUAAUCAGGGAGCCAUGUCCUUUCCAUCGAUCACACGACAAGCCAUCAGUUAUUUCAAAUUAGAUUUCCAAAGAGCUGCUUCCACUCAAGUAUCAAGUAUUGCUUUCAUGAUUUGGGUCUCUUUAGCAAAUUUAUUUGCACUGGGAAAAUGUUUGUAGGAACAGUCUAGCUACUUAUUUCAACCACCAAAGUAAACGUGAUAAGUUAACACUGGUAGUCAUUCAUUACCAAUCAACUUGGAAAGCCCAAUUGUUUCAACAAUGUGACUAUCUUGAAACAAUCUGAUCUGAUGGCUGAUACCAGCAGUUCUCUGCAGCUUCAUAACCAAAUAAUAAAGGACAUUUGCUCCCUAACCUUAGGAUGUUUCUGUGACGCUGUAGAGGCACAUCCAUUACAUUUGCUAUAUGUAAUACUAGUGAAUAGAAGAAAGCAUAAUCAAAUUAACUUGGUUUUGGUCACAAAAUGUAAAACAUCUAGAGACACCUGCUCACUUUCAGUCCUCCCUGCUUUUUGUAACACAUAACUGUGAACCUGUUAACAUUUGUACAGAUUGUUUACCUACUGUAUGUACCUAAAUAAUAUUGUUGUAAUAUUAACUAUUAACCUGCAACCAUUUAGCAUAACAUUCAUGUAGCAUGGUCGUACUUGUUUUUAUAUUUCUCAAGCUGUUAAUAGUAAGCAAUCGGAAACUUGUCUAUAUUUCAUUCAAUAAAGUUAGAGAAAAUGUAUGUGUUCUACUUGAAUCUGAUUUCCACAUUCUCUAUCAUUAACUACGCAUCUGUAAAUCCUAUAGAAAUAUAGGCAACUAAUAUUAAUCAAGA